UGUGUGUGUAUCACUCGCUCCGAGCUGCAGAGGGAGGCGGUGUUUCUCUGACUUUCAGCCGGCUUUGGAGCUCCACUCUCCCGGGAACUUCUCUCCUCAGUGUCCGCCUCUCGAACACUUUUCCCCGGCUUCUGCUCAGACUUUGUCCCGCUGAUCCUCCGCCAUGGCUCCCCGCUGUUCCUCCCUCCCUGCCCCCCCUCCCACAUCAUGCCCAUCCUCAAAAACCUCCCGUUGCGCCUGAAGGGCGGCCGUCCGACUCUAGAAAACGCUUGGAUCCUGCGCAGGAUGAGCCUCAACAUCACCCCCCACCACCACCAGCACAACCCCUUCGACAAUGGUGACGAUGGGAACAAUGACCGAUGGUCGCCCGGCGGCUCGCUGCUGGACGGAGACGUUCAGCGAGACCGAAACCCCUUCGAAGACGAGGAGGACGAGAACGAGGCCAACGAGGGCAAGAAGGGAAGCAGAGGAGGAAGUUCGGGGAAGGGAUCGUUCAAUUUCAAAUCCCCGCUGAAGUCUCUGGGGAAGCUGGGGAAGAACCUGAGGAUGUCUGCGAGGAGCAAAGGAAGCGCAACGCCGUCACCACAGGGAACACCUUCACCUGCAGAGAAGAAGAAGAGAGGGAGGAGGAGCUCUGAGGGAAGCCUGCUGAGGUUUGCGGGGAAGUACCGCGACUCCCUGAGCUCCCGUAAGGAGUCGAUCACUAACGGAGAGCAGAACGACAGCGAGGGCGACUCCACCAGCCGCCGCCUGUCCUUCAUGAAGAUGGUGGGCCUGGGGAAGAUGAAGAGGGAGUCCAUGAACGACUCGCCUCUGAACCCCGAGGAGCAGCCGGUGGAGGAGGAGGUGCCGGAGGAGGUGAAGCCCAGAGAGCCGCUGUCAGUGCUGGAGAUCCUGCAGCUGGUGAAGCGGCGCGACCUCCUAUUGGCCGACAGCCACAUCCUGGAGCUGGAGCUGGAGGUCAGCGGGGGGGCGGAGGCAGAGGACGGCGGGCGGAGGAAGGCCAAAGACGUGGAGCUUCUUUAUGAAGAGCUGCAGAAAGAGCUGUGGGCCGUGGUGAGGGAGUCGCUGCGCUGCCCCACCGCGGGGCCCAACCUGGGGCUCGUGGUGCAGGUGCUGCAGCAGGAGGAGCAGGUGGACCAGGACUCGCUCCCCGGGGGUCCGAGGCCUCGGGGUCUGAAGCAGCGUUGGGAGGAGGCCGUGAACCAGGCGGCCGACGCCUCGCUGCCCCAGAAACAAGAGUUCACAGCCGGGGAGCUGGGGGCGUUCCUGGACCGGAUCAGAGCCCGGGUGGUGGAGGACCUGGGGGCCGCCAAGAGGAACGUGGUGUCCAUCUACCCCGAGGACUACCAGCCCUUCAUGGUGUACGUGCAGAGUUACCACCAGGCGGUUGCUAGGCGACUGGAGUCCAUCACCGACAACCAGCUGGAGAUCAGCGACGUCUACUCUCUGCUGGACUGGCUGCACAACAUGUACAACAGGGAUGUUCUGGGGACCGUGUGCAUUACGAGUCCCUUCAGUCGGUCCCAGCUCAGCCCUCUGCUGCCGACAGAGACCGUGGACCGGCUGGAGCUCGACUGCCUCAACUCUGUCAGGGCGACAGUGACGACGGAGCUGAACCAGGUUCUGGACGAAGAGGAGAAACGAUGGAUGGAGACGCUGCACAUCGAGGAGUUCCAGAUCACACUCGCCAAGACCGUCAUCCAGAGGCUGCAGGUGGACCUGGAGCGAUCUGCCUCCAUCAACAGGAGUCUGGGGUCCAGAGUGGCUCAGUGCAGCCUCAACGGGCUGGCUGACUUCCUCUACAGUUUCCAGCGUAAAGUGGAGAUGUUUCACGAGGGGAUGCAGAGCGGCAUGUUCGGAGACAACGAGGACGGAUACGUGUCCAAAACCAUCGCGCUGGUCAACUGCUGCCCUCCCUUCAGGGGCUUCGUGCAGCGCUGUGCUCAGUGCGAUCCGUCCGUCAGCGAAGACUCUCUGAGGCGAGCCAACAAAGCUCUGGAUCACAUCGUCCAGCUGGGGGUCCGGGUGCUGUCCGAACGCCUGUACCUGCACAUCAGGCCGUUCUUCGAGCGCCUGGUGAAGAGGAAGUGGCUGAGCAACACGGAGCCGUACGAGCAGAUUGAGGCGCUCAUCAAGGAACAUUUCAAGAAGUACCACCGGAUGGACAGUCCUCCCUACCAGCUGCUGGUGGCCGAGGUGCACCGGCGCGUGGUUAUGGAGUAUCUGCGCUCCGUCAUGAGAGGAAGAAUCAUCUGCACCUCCAUGAAGAUGAGGAAGAGGAUGGCAGGCCGCCUGCGAGACGAAGGCAAACAGAUCAAAGUCCUCUUCAAAGACCUGGAGUCUCCGUCCUGCUGGUUGGACGGAGCCAUCGCUCACCUCUCAGAGAUCAUCCAGCUGGAGGACGUGCCCUCGAUCCAGAUGGAGGUCGGGGUCCUGGUGCGGGAGUUUCCAGACGUCAGGAAGAAGCACGUGUCGGCCAUCUUGAACAUCCGGGGCCUGACGCGUCAGUCGGAGCGUCAGGAGAUCCUGAACAUCGUGAAGGACCUGGAGAGCAGCGAGGCGGCGGGCGGUUCGAUGCCGACACGCGAGCGCCUGCUGUUCCACGAGGUGCCGGUCACCUCCGAGGUGCCCUGCCUGAACCUGGGUCUGAGCCGGGUCGCCCUCAGCGCCUCGACCUGCUUCACUGCUCUGAGGCCGAGGCAGAGGAGAGGCAGGAAGACCAGCCAGGAGACCACAGAGGACGGACUCUGAGAAGAGACCAGGAGGAAAGACCAGGAGGAAAGACCAGGAGGAAAGACCAGGAGGAAAGACCAGGAGGAAAGACCAGGAGGGAAGA